GCAUCACAUGACACUUUUGCUGAGAAAUGAACCAGAACUAAAGUAUUUAUGGACUUGGACUUUAGUUUUAAAGUAUUUGUAAAGGUAGCUGAAAUUAGAGUUAACUAUACAAACCGCGUUUUCUCGAUUUAUUUAUUCGCAAAAAAAACUCCCCCCGCCCGGCGUCCCUAUGUUGUCAAGGAGGAAGCGUACUUUUGAGCCACGAGUGGCCAGAACGUGUCACUGAUUAACUUAAGUGAUGAUAGUUUUACAGGCGUGUUAUCUGCGAAAUUAUUCAAUGGCAUAUUGAGAAGAAAAAUAGGUGUUAUUGUUUAAUAGGAGCGAAGUUAGUCAGGAUGACAGAGCGGACUCCGCUCCUCCACUACCGUCUGUUGACCAGCGUCAAUGAAUCCGAGCGGCGGGCUCCUUCAGCCGGCCCGGCCCGGGAGAAGACGCCGGCCGGUCCCCGGCCCCGGUUCUCCCACUCGAAGCAACCGAAGAAACUAUCCACCUUCUUCGGUGUGGUCGUCCCCACCUUGCUGUCGAUGUUCAGCGUGAUUGUAUUUCUGAGAAUAGGUUUCUUGGUUGGCCAGUCUGGACUGUAUCAAGCAAUUGCCAUGUUCAUUGUGGCUUACUUCAUAAUCUGCAUGACUGUGCUGUCGGUGUGUGCCAUCUCCACUAAUGGCGCCCUGGAUGCUGGGGGGGCCUACUACAUGAUCAGCAGAGCGUUGGGUCCAGAAUUUGGAGGCAGUAUUGGAAUCAUGUUUUUCUUGGCUAAUGUGUGUGCUUGUGCUUUUUAUGUGCUGGGCUUGGUCGAAGCCAUUGUUGCCACCUUUGGUGUGCCAGAGGAUGGGUCACUGGCAGCAUCUUCACACCAAGUCCUGCCAUCAGGCUACUGGUGGUCUCUUCUUUACGCCACAGCUAUCGCCCUGCUCUGUUUGCUUGUGUGCCUGGUCGGUGCUCACAUCUAUGCCAAGGCCACCUUCCUUAUCUUCCUGGUGGUCAUCUUUGUCCUCGGCACCAUCUUCAUCAGCUUCUUUGCAGUACAUCCUCGUACCAUCAUCCUACCUGGUUCUGCCACAUCUGACCUAGUGGUAAAUGGAACGGGCCCGACUACGGCAAACUUUACUGGCUUCAAGUUGGACACCCUGCUGGGGAACCUGUGGGCUGACUACACUGUGGAUUACACCACUGGAAAUUUGAUGACCUUUGCCACUGUGUUUGCUGUGAUGUUUAAUGGCUGUACUGGCAUCAUGGCGGGAUCCAACAUGUCAGGCGAUCUAAAAAAUCCAAGCUACUCCAUUCCACGUGGCACCAUCACCGCUGUCAUCUUCACCUUCAUCAUCUACAACCUGCUCAGCGUCCUUGUUGCCUGCUCUUGUGACCGAGUGUUACUUCAGAAGGAUUACAGUUUCCUCAGAGACAUCAACAUCUGGAACCCUUUUGUGACCAUUGGAGUUUAUUCUUCUACCCUUUCAGCAGCCAUGAGCAACCUCAUUGGCGCCUCACGCAUCCUCUACGCCUUGGCCAGAGAUGACUUGUUUGGUAAGGUGUUGUCUCCUGCUAAGAAGACAUCUAACAGUGGCAACCCCUGGGCCUCUGUGCUUCUUUCCUGGUUUCUUGUACAACUCGUGCUGUUUUCGGGGAAGCUCAACACAAUUGCCAGUAUUGUGACCAUUUUCUUUUUGCUGGUUUAUGCUGCUGUGGACUUGGCAUGCCUCGCUCUGGAAUGGGCCUCAGCACCUAAUUUCAGGCCCACUUUUCGAUACUUCACCUGGCAUACGUGCGUGCUGGGCAUUGUGGGCUGUGCCGUCAUGAUGUUUCUUAUCAACGCUAUCUACGCCUCGGCCAGCAUCGCUUUCAUGCUGCUGCUGCUUCUGCUGAUUCACUACCUCAGUCCAACCUCAAGCUGGGGCUACAUCAGCCAAGCUCUUAUUUUCCACCAGGUGCGCAAGUAUUUGCUGAUGCUAGAUGUGAGAAAGGACCAUGUCAAGUUCUGGAGGCCACAGGUUCUGCUGAUGGUUUCCAACCCUCGUAGCAGUACAGGCCUCAUCACAUUCAUCAAUGAUAUUAAAAAGAGUGGACUCUACGUUCUGGGACACGUUCAACUCGGAGAUCUCAACACGUUGCCCUCUGAUCCUCUUCAAUCCCAGUAUGCUUCCUGGUUAACCCUGGUGGACUAUCUCAACAUUAAAGCCUUUGUCAACCUGACAUUGGCUGAUUCAGUACGUCACGGGAUCCAACACCUCUUGUUCAUCUCUGGACUAGGUGGAAUGCGUCCCAACACACUUGUCUUGGGUUUCUAUGACGAUAGUUUGCCAAAAGACAAGCUCUCUCCAAGUCAGUCCACAGAUCUUUCAGCGUCUCAGGAUCUUGAGCAGCACACCACUCCCUUCCAUUUUGCUUCCCUUCGGCGGUCUAGUAACGGUACUAAAAAGGAUAACGCCCUUGACGGAAAGGUUCUGGGGGCCGAGGAGUACGUAGCAAUCAUUGCGGAUGCCAUGAAGAUGCUGAAGAAUGUGGUUCUGGCCCGUUAUUUUAACAACUUUGACCGAGAAAAGGCUCUGUCAGCGGCCUCCUCCUCUCCAGGAAAGAGUUCUGUCUACGUGGACGUGUGGCCGGUCAAUCUGCUGCGUCCAGACAGCUCCAGCUACGUGGAUACCUGUUCUUUGUUCUUGCUUCAGCUGGCAUGCAUUCUCAACAUGGUGCGAUCUUGGCGCAAAGCCACACUCCGUCUCUUCCUAUGUGUGGAGGAAGGGCGGACCGUGAGUGGCUCAGAGGAGAAGCUAGGACAGCUGCUGAAAGAGUUGCGAAUAAAAGCUCAAAUCUACCUUGUGCCUUGGGACCAGCAGGUGGCGCUACACUGGCAGCGACAAGGCGGGAGAAUUGGAGAAGAGAACAAGCAAGCGUCAGAAUCUCUCCAAACCGUCAAGGAAGGAGAGAGGCGGGGGAAAGAUGAAGAGGAUGACGAUGAUAAUUACGCCAAUAGCUUCCCGAGCAACACCACGCGCCUAUCAGAUGACUACUUGUCAGCUGUCAAUCAGCUGAUCCUAGACCAGGCACGGCCACCACCGACUGUGCGCUUUCUGUACCUGCCCCGCCCCCCGGCUGACACCCGCCGCUACACUGCUUACUUGCACCAGUUGGAGCUGCUGACACAGAACCUGGGCCCAACUUUGCUCAUCCACGGUGUGACGCCUGUCAUCACCACUGAUCUCUGAACACUUCCGCUCACACGCACUAAGCUGUGACAGGCUUGGCGUCGGUCUUGUUGACUGCUGUUGUGUGAAGGUGUGAACUCCUGUCCCAAAAGCUGACUGACUAAACUGACCAAACGCUUGACCAGCACAAUAUGGACCAAACCCGAAAAAAGCCCAACAACUCAUAUAAUAUUUUUCUAAGGAAUAUUUCAAAUGAAACUGUAUUUAUCACAAAGCAUUGCACAAAAAUACUAUAAUGCAUCGAAACAGGAUUGUGGUCUUCAAGUUAAAAUAGUAUGACAUGAUUAUGUUUGUCUGUACUGGUUAUAUUAUUUAUAUGUGUAACAGUACGCCAUCAUCACGAUGCCGCCGGUUAAUUUUCGGUAAAUUGAUAGGGGAACAGUACUUUUUUGGCAAUUUUGUCCAUCAUCCACAAUACCUAUGGUAGAAAAGAACACACAUCUAUUUUCUGUUCAUUCUAAAUAGUAAGAAACUUAUAACAAGAGGCGGCUAACAAUGUAGGUUAUGGUGAUUGACCUAUUUCUCCUAUAAAACCCUCUAAAAAAAAACCAUCCAACAAUGUUGUAAAUACAUAGGGUAAGUAUGUAUGUAUUUUAAUGUAGUAUCAGGCACAUUGAUGAUAUUUAACUUUAACUUUAACAUGUAAUAGUUACAGUAUUUUGGUCAUUUUAAGCAUUAGCAGAACUUCUCUCCUGGGUGCAUUGAUUUCACAGAGCCCAUAGCAACGGACGCUACUUCUGUCAAGAACUACUACAACUACUACUAAUCAUGACAUACUUGGUGAAAGACAAUGGGACUACUUUGGGACAAUUGAUGAUCUAAAACUUUAUCUUUUUGACCCUCAAUAUACAAAAGAUGAGCUAAAAACACCGAGCAUCAUGUAGCACUAAUGAUAAGUGCUAAACAAGAAAUACAAACAUAACAUAACAAAACAAAACAGUCACUUACCAAGCCACUCGCACUAGUCACUGGUGGGAUGUUUAUAUCUUUCAGCACAAAAUUGUGCUCCCCGUAGUUGGUGAAUUCAGCAUAAUCCAACACUCCUCAGGUAAAUAAUGCUUGGUUGAAAUGAGAAUCUUGCUGCAUCUUCCUAGCGAUGUUUUUGGAUCUAAGUUAAAUUUCAAAGUUGAUCAACUUCUUGGCUAAUGGCCACAACUUUCUGUACGGGUUUGAAACAUGAUUUAUAAUGCAGCACAAACUUUUACCAACGCAGAGGCGAGGCAGAAGCAGCUCAGUAGCUGUGUUACCUUUUGCAAGUGGCACGAGGAGCAGUGUGAAUGUCUCUAUGAGCAAUGCGCUGUUUUACUACACCAGAAAAGUAGUUCCUCAGCAUUAAUGCUUACAAAAACAAUGUCGCUAUAGCCUGGUUGAUAUGCGUGUCACGACAUAUAUGUACAUAAAUGGAGCGUUGUUGGCGGUUUUUACCUGCAUUGUUAGCUACCUCGUGCUAGCAGUUUUUAAGUAUUUAGAAAGCAUAGAAAAGAGGAGAAUGUUUUUGUAACACACAUAGGUUGUAAAUGAUUGAAAAAAAUCCCAAAAAGUGCAGUUUCUGUUCAGGAAACAUAGUAAACAGCUUUCAUGAUUUAAAACAAAUAAUUAUUUAAAAAAACUGCUGGUCCAAAAAAAAUGUAAUAUAGAGACAAAUGAAAGGAUACUUUAAUACUUCUUGUGCCUUAGAGAUGCAAAAGCACAUCCAAUAUAGGUCAAUAUAAGCUAAGCUAUGAACAAAACAACUUUGUGUUAUAGCU